AAACAAGUGGUGACAACAAUCUUGCCGACUGUGUCCACCAUGAUGUGAGGCCUCAGGUUGUGACGUAUAUGAUAAAGGUAACAGCAGUUGGGGCCCCUGCUCACAUUUCUACACCCAUUGUCCAGAGAGAAAGUCAGCAGCACUUUUAGGCUUUCACUAAAAUCACUCACAUACAAAAAAAAAUCACAUCUCUGAAUUCAAAGGACCUUCACUUAUCACAAUUUCCACUGACAUCUAAGCUCCUGAUUCCACACUGAGGAGUAAGAAAGAAGAAGAACAAGAAGAAGAAGAACAAGCUGCAUGAAAUCACUUUUGGCCGUCUGAUAAAGGAAUUAAAACCAACCAUGACAACCAAGAUGGAAACGCUCGAUCCUUCAACUCUCUCAGAUGUUGCUUCUACUGUGACCUACGACCCUAAAUCUGAGACGGUGACCUUACCAGGAGGGGUCGUCUCGGUGGCGGGCAUCACCGUGGUGACCGGGGGCGUUGAGCUGUCUUGUGGAUCCUGUAUGCUGGCCUUCGGUUUUUGGGGAACUCUCGUCGGCUUCAGUUGUGUAGGCGUGGGGGUGUGGGACCAACUGAACUGGACUAAAGGAGGAACCUCUCACUUACUGGGACUGGGAUUUGUGAUUCUGACCCUCAGUUUUGUGAUGGUGGGUAGUGUGGUGGCAUUUUACCUCCUGACGAAGAAGAAGAGAGAAAUGACAAGAAGGGAGAGAGAGGACGGAAAAGAAGUUCUUGUAGAGAGUGGGAGGGUAAUUAAAAAAGUCACGGUAUAAAGAAGAAUUGUUGACAGAAUAUAAGAGAAAUGGAUUAGCUAAAACAGGCUGUUCUGUAAAUAACACACAGUCAUACUGGACAGGAAAAAACAUCCUGAUCUUUUACAAAGUUCAUUCCUGCUCUUCCCUUUAUCUUUCAAUCUAAGUUAUGUAGAAAUGCAACUCCUUUUUUCCAGGGAAACAUAACAAUAUCCCUCAUAUCAACAGCUAUCUUUACUGGUUACUUUGAUGAUCAACAUUUUACAAAACAUAUGAGCAGCUUAUGUUUUGUUGUGUAUGAUGUGAUGCAUUGUUAUGGAUUAAACUACCUAGCAGUAUAUAAAGUAGUUAAAUCACAAUACUCUGAAAGGUGCCAUUCUGCUGCCUGAUGAAUACUUUAUUUAUAUAUUUGUUUUAUUUUAUUUACUUCUACUUCUUCUACAUAAGUCAAAUCAUGAAUACAGGACAUUUACUUGUAAUGUUUGUAUAUUUUAUAGCAUGUAGUAGUACUCCUACCACCACUGCCUACCUCUGGUUUUUACUCAUGAUGACUGUAUUUUCUUUCAUUCUCACAAUCGGCAAUUUUACAUCCAUGUAGACAGACCAUGUAGAGUAUAUAAUAAAUGGACGAUAUGUAAAAUUGAUAUUGAUAACAUGAUAAACGUCUUUGUAAGUAUAA